GUCACGCAUAUGCAGCUGCUGAAGUGGAAGAUUUUGCAAUCUCUUGCCAAGCUGAAGUCGCCCAGUGAGACAGAGAGUGAGAGCAGUGGCUGGGCUGCUUGGAUCGCCAAGGCUUCUGAACCCAAUGUUGGGCAGCAGCAUUUGGCUGAUAUCGGCUUCAUGAAUGAUCGGUAUGUAGCAGCUGCCCAAUUCGCUGUGAAGCUGCUGGAUGGUACGCACGAUCGGCUUUUGACG